CAUAUAGUUAGAGACGGGUCAACUAAAAACUCUUCUCCACCAGUACCCACCCACACCUUCUUCUAUCUUCUUCUCUACCACACCGCCCACUUUCCUUCUCAUCCUUCCGCUUCCUCACGCCCAUACUGCUCCGCUACAUGUCUGCCUCGCCGGAGUUUAACCGCCCGCCACCGUCGCCGGGCUUGUUGCUUCCCCCCAUCCCACUAUCAGUGAUCAUGGUGUCGCCGCUACCCUCUAACAACGUCGAGGAAGAGUGCCGCACGCCAACUUCGGCAGAGAGUAGGUUGCCGCCGGUCAUCGACAGCUGCCCGCCGCCGCCGCCAAGGAAGAAGACGAGGUGUGCGGCGCCGCACAAGAGACGGCUGUCGACGAAGCUGAUCACGGUCGGAGCUGAGGAGAUGGAGCAGCUGUUCGGAUGGGAAAGAAGCUUCAGCUUUGAUCACAAAUGAUAUGUCGAUUUCGUGGGUUCAUUAGAAGAUGAAAAAGAUGAUUUGCAGCAUCUAAUUAAUCGUGUAAUUUACCAAAACGCAAAAUUUAUAAACAAUAAAUUCUGAUUUA